CCCUUAAUGGAUCGUCUCAUGCCUCCCAACAACGUGACUGAAUUUAUUCUCCUGGGACUCACACAGAAUCCACACUUGCAGAAAAUACUUUUCAUUGUCUUUUUGUGCAUUUUCCUAUUUACUGUGCUGACCAAUCUGCUUAUUGUCAUCACCAUCUCCUUCAGCUCCACACUUUCGGCUCCCAUGUACUUCUUUCUCACCUACUUGUCAUUUAUAGAUGCCUCUUACACCUGCAUCACCACCCCCGAAAUGAUCAUUGACCUGGUCUACCAGAGGAGAACCAUCUCAUUGGGCAGCUGCCUGACUCAGCUCUUUGUGGAACACUUCCUGGGAGGGUCAGAGAUCAUCCUCCUCAUUGUCAUGGCCUAUGUCUGCUAUGUAGCCAUCUGCAAGCCCCUGUACUACACUAUCAUCAUGAGACAGGGACUCUGCCACCUCCUGGUGGUUGUGGCCUGGAUUCUCUUGGUGAUCAACUUGCCCUUCUGCGGCCCCAAUACCAUUGACCAUUUCAUGUGUGACCUCUUCCCACUGCUGAAGCUUGCCUGCAGAGACACCUAUAUACUUGGAAUGGUGGUGGCUGCCAACAGUGGGGCCAUGUGCUUGCUCAUUUUUUCCAUGUUACUCAUCUCCAACAUAGUCACCCUGUCCUCCCUGAAAUCCCAUGGCUCUGAAGGGCAGCACAAAGCCCUCUCCACCUGUGGCUCCCAUUUUACUGUAGUUGUACUUUUCUUUGUGCCGUGUAUAUUCACUUACAUGCGUCCCGUGGCCACCUAUCCAGUGGACAAGUUGUUGACUGUCUUUUUUGCAAUCCUCACUGCCAUGUUAAACCCUAUCACUUAUACAGUGAGAAACACAGAGGUAAAAAAUGCCAUGAGAAGUUUUUUGAAGACAAGGGUAGCUUAG